AUGUCCAUUCACCUCCCCCCUCUUCCAUCUCUUCGUGAAAUCAUCCACGUUUAUGGUAUUCGAGCUCAGAAACAGUUAUCUCAAAACUUUCUUUUACAACCGUCAUCUAUAAAUGGACUAGUCAAAUGUGCAGGGAACCUUCGUGGUGCAUAUGUUCUUGAAGUUGGUCCAGGUCCUGGCGGGAUUACUCGGGCGAUUCUCCGGAAAGCUCCACGUCAUGUUGCUGUCGUGGAACUAGAUAGAAGAUUUAUUCCUGGUCUUCAGGAAUUACGGCUUGCUGCACUUGAAAUGGGGACUCAAAUGGAUAUAUACAGACAGGAUAUUCUAAAAUUUAAUUGUGAAGGUAUUUUUCCCAUCAGUUCUAUGACUGGUGCAGGAGCAUGGGACGAGUCACCUGAGGUGGUAAACUCAAAUUUAGUAGAAUCUACAUCAGAAAAUCAAAAUGAAACUGCACUGGAAAAAAUAAGUUCACCACGCUUGUGUGUGAUUGGAAACUUACCAUUCAACAUUUCUACUCCUUUGAUUUCUCAAUGGCUUCAUGAUAUUGCUGAGCGACGAGGAAUUUGGCGAUAUGGACGAGUCCCUUUGACAUUGACUUUUCAGAAAGAAGUUGCUGAACGACUUGCUGCGGAUGUAUGGGAUGAACAGCGUUCUCGCUUAUCUGUCAUGUCACAAGCAUACUGCGACGUUAAAUACAUGAAAGAUAUCCCAGGUACUGCUUUCGUUCCUCCACCAAAAGUAGACGUUGGUGUUGUUCGUCUAAUUCCUUUAAAGCAACCGCUUAUUCCUGUACCGUACCCGUAUGUUGAAAAAUUGGUACGUCAGGCAUUUCACUUUAGACAAAAGCAAAUAGUUCGGUGUCUUGAAACAUUGUUCCCUUCUAAUAGACCUGAACUGGUUAUUCAAUUAUUUAAAGAAGCUGGUGUGCAACCAGCCAAACAGUGUAUACAGUUGACAAUGUCAGAAUUUCGAGAUUUAUGCUUUGUAUAUCAUCGUAUUUGUCAGAUUGAACCUGAUGUAUUCGAUUUUGAUUAUCAAACUCGAGUUAAUUUACCAUUGUGGUAUAAUCGUAAGAAAAUUCAACGAGAAAUGUUAGACAGUCCAACUGGUCUUACAGCCAAUCGUGUUCGUCAAGAAAUAUAUGGAUUUAGUCAGUAA